GGAAAAACUUGCAGUUCGGCUUGUUUUCUGUUUGCCAGACCAGCCAGGCAACGAUCGUUCAAUGAGGUUACUGUACUCUACCUCAGCUGCUCGUCCGCAAGUAUGGAUUCUUGUUUUCUGAUCGUCGUGUUUGUCUUCGCUUUCAGUCUUUCCAGUGGAGAGAGGACGCUCAAGUUUGUCACUGUGCUCUAUCGUCAUGGCGACAGAUCUCCAAUCAAGGCCUAUCCAACUGAUCCCUACAAGGAGAGUGACUGGCCCCAGGGUUUUGGACAGCUCUCUCAGGAGGGAAUGAAGCAGCACUAUGAACUAGGUCAGUUUUUAAAGAAACGCUACAGAGGAUUCCUGAGUGAGGACUAUGACCGGCAUGAGAUAUUCAUCAGAAGUACAGAUGUUGACCGGACUCUGAUGAGUGCAGAAGCUAACCUGGCUGGCCUGUUCCCACCUAACAGUUCUGAGGAGUUUAAUCCAGGUUUGAAUUGGCAGCCGAUACCUGUUCACACUGUCCCAGUGGAUAAAGAGAAGCUGCUCUCAUUCCCGCUAGAAGACUGUCCACGUUACACACAGCUCAUGAAUGAGACUGAAAAAUCAGACAUUUUUCUUAACAUGACUGCCAUUUACAAGGCAUUUAUAGAAAUGGUGAGAAAUAAAACAGGACUGGAGACGACCUCCCUUGAGUCUAUUUGGAGUGUCUAUGACACAUUGUUCUGUGAGGCAAAACAUGGGAAGAAACCACCUGGCUGGGUGACUCCAGAUGUAAUGGAAACUCUGAAGGUGCUGAAGAACUUUGGUUUUCAGAUUCUGUUUGGAGUCUAUAAGAGAAAGGAGAAGUGCAGACUUCAGGGAGGCCUCCUGUUAAAGCAGAUCAUUAAGAAUCUCUCAAUUGCUGCAGCUCCAGACUCUAAAGAAAAAGUGAAGAUGAUGGUAUACUCAGCUCAUGACACAACAGUUGUAGCUCUGCAGGAAGCCCUGAAUGUCUUUAAUGGCCUGCAGCCACCUUAUGCCUCGUGUCAUUUAAUUGAACUUCACCAGGAAGAGAACGGGACGUUUUCAGUGGAGAUGUUUUAUCGCAAUGACAGUGCCGUGUCUGAGCCAUACGCUGUGUCUAUACCGGGCUGUUCCCAGUCCUGCCCCCUACAGGACUUUGUGAACCUCACACGUGAUGUCAUACCACAAGACAGGAUUAAAGAGUGUCAGAUAAAGAAAGAAGCCACGGGCACUGAGGUCAUCAUCGGGCUGGCUGUGUGUGGAUGUCUGCUCUUUCUGCUGGUACUACUGCUGUUUGUAGUGCUAUGCCGUCAAAAAGACCCGAUGGCUAGCUACAGUCAUGUCAUAAAUGAGAGCGACUCCUGACAAUCAUAUCAGCUCCUCCGCAAAGAGGACCAGUGGGACAGUGAAGAGGACCUAUGAGGACAUAGCGCCAACUUGUUGAGAAACUCUAAGCCUACUGAAAAGACUUUUUUUUUUACUUUGGCAACACAUUUUAUUAUAUUAGGGAUGGAACAUUUGGUAAUGUUUUAUUACUUGUAACUUCAAGUGUUUCAAGAGAGAAAAGGGAACUAAGAGUUGUGAUGGCAUCAGUGGCAUUAACGUAACAAUGCUUAGCGCACAGACUCCGUAACUGUGCAAUGAUGAUUGUGUGUCAUUGGCUCUGGGCUUUUGUUGUAAUGAAAGAUUGUGACUGUGUGUAAAAAGGAGGAUCUGAGAUGUGGACUAGACUAAAGCUCCCCCAGAGGUGUGUGUCCUCUCUGAAAGACAAGGACCGUUAGUGUCCCCCUGUUUGUGCUUUUGGUCCCUUAAUUUUAGUGUACUUAUGAGCCCAGUGUACUUGAUGCAUCAGCCUAAAGUUUUAGGUUGGGCAAUAAAAGACUACUGGAUACACAUCGAGGCCUUAUAAUGCACUCAUGGAAUUUUACGCUCAUGCUUUUUAUGUGAUUAUCUCCUGAUUUACAGCCACAGUAGUUUUGAUUUGUAUAUUUCAGAAUAGCAACAUACUGAUAUGAAGAACAGUGUUCUCAGGUUAAGCUCAAAAGAGCUGUAUUGGAGUAAUUUUUUUAAUCUGGUGUGGUUUAUUUAAUUUGAAUGUUUUGUCAUUCAUUAUCAAAAAUGUUUUCAUGUCUCAAUACAGUGAUAAUUCAGUUCCAGGUGCAUCGUAUUUAUAGGUGCAAUGUAAAAAAUUUAAGAGGAUCUAUUGACAGAAAUCCCCCCUCCAUGUUAGGUCGCCAUUAUGCGCCGGCAUGUUUCUGCAGCAGCCCUAAAUGGACAAACUGCUCUACAGAGCGUGUUUCAUCACUAUGUUGUUGUUCUUCUAAAUCAUUCGUGUUUUUAGAGGCAGCUUGCAUCGUCACUACGUUGAAUACGCACAAAGUAGUAGUAGUAGUCAUCUGGUUUAUUAGAAGCGGAGACCGUUCUUUGUUAGAAGAAGAAACAUCAUUGCUACACACAGGCUACUCUCUGCUGUCUCAGACGACAUUUUUGUCUUGUGUCGGCCAGACGGCCACCGUAGCUUCUCUGAAAGGGAGGGGAGCGACAUUAGUUGUAAUUCGCAACCUCACCACUAGAUGCCGCCAAAAUUUACACAUUGCACCUUUAAAACAAAUUACUGUUAGAUUGACAAAUGUACCCAUUAAGAAUUUUUAAAAAAUCAUUAUUACCACUAAAUGUUGAAAAUUGUAUAAUUGUUCUGACAUCUCAACUUAUUAAAUCAAUGUUUUGUUUGUUUUUAA